UCGCUGAUUUUUUAGCUUCGUUAUCCGUUUUUAGCUAAAUAUUUGAUUUGUUUGUUCAUUUAUUAGUGCACAAUUUGGCGUCGGAUCGCUCGAUAGUGCUCGCUCGCUCGCUCGUUCAGCCCACUUCUUGAGCAGACAGGAUUUGCACCGCUGAUUUGGAAAAAUGCCGGUCUUUCAUACGAAAACCAUCGAGAGCAUCCUCGAUCCUGUUGCACAACAGGUAUCGAGGCUAGUUAUAUUACAUGAAGAGGCUGAAGAUGGGAAUGCAAUGCCAGAUUUGGAAAGACCUGUUAAGGCUGUCAGUAUGGCUGUUGCAAAUCUUGUGAAGGUCGGUAAGGAGACAAUUAAUUCUUCGGAUGAUGCUUUGCUUAAACAAGAUAUGCCAGGUUCAUUAAAGCGCGUUGAAGGUGCCUCUCAUCUUUUAGAAGAAGCUUCCGUAAUGUUAAAAAAUGAUCCUUACUCCAGUUCAGCCAGAAAAAAAUUAAUAGAAGGUUCUCGAGGUAUACUGCAAGGCACAAGUUCAUUAUUAUUAUGUUUUGACGAAAGCGAAGUUCGUAAAAUUAUUCGAGAGUGCAAACGUGUUCUCGACUAUUUGGCAAUUGCCGAAGUUAUUGAAACAAUGGAAGAUCUAGUACAUUUCUUAAAAAAUUUAAGUCCAUGCCUUAGCAAAGUUUCUAGAGAAGUAAGCGCUCGAGAAAAAGAAUUAACCCAUCAAGUGCAUAGGGAAAUUCUCAUUAGAUGUUUGGAUCAGGUAAAAACUCUAGCGCCAAUUCUCAUAUGUUCAAUGAAAAUCUUUAUUCAUAUAAUUUCGAGUGGCGGUAAAGGUGCUGAAGAGGCUGCGGAGAACCGUAAUUACUUAUCUGGUCGAAUGUCUGAGGAGAUAAAUGAAAUUAUUCGCGUACUCCAGCUAACAACAUAUGACGAGGACGAAUGGGACGCCGAUCAAUUGACGGUAUUGAAAAAAGCUCAGAGCGCAAUAGAAUCGCGCGUGAAACCGGCUUUCGAUUGGCUGGAUAAUGGCAAUGCAUUAAGAGGCGGAGUCGGCGAAAAGGGCUUGAGGCAAAUAAUUGAGCAAGCUGGACGAUUAGCAAAUCGAUAUUUGCCACCUUCCCAAGCUGAUCCAAUCUCGAAAUUAUCCUCUAAUUGACAAUUGACCACAAUGACCGACGCUCUUUGCGAAUUGCGUCAAAAUGAUAAAGGAACAUCGCCUCAGGGUGAAGCUCUGGCUCGAGGAAUUAAAGAGAAGGUCAACGAGCUACGUUCUAACAUCUCAUCAGCGAUUGUCGCGGCUGAUAAGUCUGGCACAGUGCAGACCGCCCAUACCGUCGCCGGUAGACUGGAACAAGCUAAUAAGUGGUUACUGAAUCCUCAGCACGACGACAAAGGUCUUGGCCAAAAAGCCAUUGCUUUAAUUAUUCACGAGGGGAAAAAGGUCGCGGAGGGCCUACCCGGCAUACAUAAAGCCGAGAUCCUGCAGUUAUGCGAUGAGGUGGACAAUUUAUCGCACCAACUGGGCGAUUUAUGUGCUCGUGGCGAAGGCAACAGUCCGCGCGCCCAGGAGAUCGCCCGCCAACUUUCACAAAAACUCCACGAACUUAAGAAUAAAAUACAGCAGGCGGUCGUAUCGCGCGUAGUCGAGGACUUCAUUGACAUCACCACUCCUCUGAAACAAUUCACCGAAGCCGUAUUGGCGCCGGAAGGUACACCAGGACGCGAGCAGAACUUCAAUGAUAAAACCUUGGCAUUGCAGAACUUCUCUAACAGAGCCGCCAAGACUGCUAGAAUGGUAGCUGCUGGUGGCAGCGGAGGUAACAAGAAACUCGCCGAGUCCCUUACGGCUACUGCCUCGCAGUUGGAAUCUCUAACACCUCAACUGAUCAACGCCGGUCGCAUCCGAAUGACAUAUCCGGAGAGCAAAGCAGCCGACGAGCAUUUUGAGAAUCUGCGCCAACAAUAUGCCGAUACGAUACAGCGUGCCAGGGGUCUUUGCGACGAGGCUACCGACAGUGCAGAUUUUAUCAAGGCCUCAGAGGAGCAAAUGAAAAAACACACGAUUCUGUGCGAAGACGCAAUUGCUAGAAACAACCCUCAAAAAAUGGUGGAUAAUACCUCCGCAAUUGCUAGAUUGGCCAACAGAGUUAUACUUGUGGCCAAACAGGAGAGCGACAAUAGCGAGGAUCUAUCAUUUAUACAGAGGGUCAAUCAUGCAGCUGAUCUUCUACAGAAUUGCGUAACACCAAUGGUCCAGGACGCCAAGGCCGUCGCAAUGAAUAUAAACGAUGGUCCGUCGAUAUCACGUUGGCGUGACAGUAACAGAGCGCUGUUGGCAGGUGUGGGUCAGGUGCGAAAUGCAAUCGAACCAGAAGGAGUAUCACCUGUGCCUCCAGUGCCUCCCAAUCUAUCACAGCUGCGGAUCAAUGAUGGAGGAGAUAGUCCUGACUAUGCGAACCAGAAAUAUCUACCUAGAGAUGAAAGUCAAAGGGCCAAUAGAUAUAGAGACAUGGCUCCACCACGUCCGCCAUUACCUAGUGGAGAAGUUCCGCCACCUAGACCACCACCACCAGAGACCGACGAUGAAGAUGAAAUGUUCAUGCAUGCUCCUCAGCCAAACCAACCAAUUAUGAUGGCAGCUCAUGGUCUUCAUCAAGAAGUUCGACAGUGGUCUAGUAAGGAUAACGAAAUCAUCGCUGCUGCUAAGAAAAUGGCCAUUCUGAUGGGAAGAUUGUCUGGUCUUGUAAGAGGUGAAGGUGGUAAUAAGCGAGAUUUAAUAGCUUGUGCUAAAGCCAUCGCAGAGGCUUCUCAGGAGGUUACACGGUUGGCCAAAGAACUCGCUAGAGAAUGUACCGACAAACGUAUUCGUACUAACCUUCUUCAAGUUUGCGAACGUAUUCCAACUAUUGGAACCCAACUUAAAAUUUUAUCAACCGUUAAAGCAACGAUGCUCGGCGCUCAAGGUACCGAGGAGGACCAGGAGGCAACGGAUAUGCUCGUCGGCAACGCUCAGAAUCUCAUGCAAAGUGUCAAGGAGACUGUUCGUGCGGCUGAGUGUGCAAGCAUUAAGAUUAGAACAGCUUCGGGCAUGAAAUUACGUUGGGUCCGCCGGCAGCCAUGGUACCAGUAUUAAGACUAUCUCCUCUCGCCACUGCCGACUUCGCAUUGUCUUGUCUAAUAUAUUUCACAGCAAUUUUCUCAUGCCAUAUUAAGAAUAGCGAUAUUUUAGAUAAUUGUUUUGAUAAUGAGUUUUUUGUUUCUUGAUACUCGAGACGGAGUUGGGAUCCUUUAACCGCUGAAUAGGUUCCUAAUUUUAGGUUCCAAGAAAUUUUUAUGUUGAUUCUUUUAGGGGAAUACUUUAUAUAUUCGAAGAGUAACGAUAUAUGCUUCAUCGUAGAGUAUUCAACAUUCCGUUGAUAAGGUGUAUCAGCGCCAAUACUAAGAAUAAUUAAAAGCAAGAGUACUAGUUGC